AUGUAUAAGUAUAAACACGAAUCAGAGAGAAAUGGAAUGGGGGAAGUCAAGAUUUCACCUAAAAACAGUCAUAAGGGCUUGGAAAACCCAACAUUUGAGCUUAUGGAAUCAGAGACAAAUGGAAAGGAAGCACCAUCUCUUGAGGAAGAAAAUCCUGUCCAGGACAGUCAUUUUGGGAGCAGGCUCAAGAAUGUGACCCGGCCUUUCUCUAAAGCAAAGAGAUUCUGCAAGGCUCAUCGUAAAUUAUUCCACCAGGUAUUCUUAGGCAUCUUAAUCGCAGGCUACCUGGCCUACUUCAUUGCUGCUUGUUACCUGGACUACCAGCGAGCUUUGGCCCUGAUCGUUUUGACAAGCCUGGCUGUUGCUUUCCUUGCAUAUAGCUUAGUCAAAAAAUAUUUGGGAGCCAAGAUUAUCCAGAUGUUGAGCCCCUGCAGCAAAUGCUGUCAGAAGGCCUGGCGGUGGCUGAAAUGGAUUUUGUGCGCCCUUCUUCUCAUUGCUUUGAUCACAUGGCUGGUUCUGGACGUGUCCCAAAGGAAGGAGCAGCUGAUUUCAUUGGGUGGCUACUGUGUGCUGGUCGUCUUGUUAUUUCUCGUCUCCAAGCAUCACAUGGCUGUAUCCUGGAGAGCUGUGUCGUGGGGUCUUGGUCUACAAUUUAUCCUUGGAAUCUUCAUCAUCCGAACUGAACCUGGAUUUCAGGCUUUCCAAUGGCUGGGCAAUCAGAUUCAGGCAUUCCUCAACUAUACCACAGCUGGAUCCGGUUUUGUCUUUGGGGAGAAACUGAUUCAAGAAAGUUUUGCUUUUCAGGCCCUGCCUAUUGUUAUCUUCUUCAGUUGUGUGAUGUCCAUCCUCUACUACUUGGGAGUCAUGCAGUUUAUAAUCCUGAAGUUGUCCUGGCUUCUGCAAAUUACAAUGGGCACAGCGGCCACUGAAUCUCUGAGCGUGGUGGGGAAUGUAUUUGUGGGGAUGACCGAAGCACCCUUGCUCAUCCGUCCCUACCUGGGGGACAUGACACGUUCAGAAAUCCAUGCUGUGAUGACCGGUGGCUUUGCUACCAUUGCUGGUAGUGUGAUGGGCGCAUACAUUUCAUUUGGGAUUGAUGCCUCGUCUCUCAUCGCAGCCUCAGUAAUGGCAGCACCUUGUGCUUUAGCUAUGGCCAAACUUGUCUAUCCAGAAGUGGAACAGUCCAAAUUCCGAAGCCACGAAGGCAUCACAAUUGCCUGCGGGGAGGAAAAGAAUAUUCUGGAAGCUGCUGGUAAUGGUGCCUCUGCCGCUGUGGGACUGGUGGCCAACAUUGCAGCCAAUCUCAUUGCCUUCCUGGCUGUGCUGGCAUUCAUCGACGCUGCCCUCAGUUGGCUAGGCGGCAUGGUUGGGUUGCCCCAACUCUCCUUCCAGCUGAUCUGCUCCUACGUCCUGAUGCCUUUAGCCUUCUUGUUAGGGGUGAGCUGGGAAGAGGCUUCCCGGGCUGCUGAGAUGCUGGGAGUCAAGUUCUUCUUAAAUGAAUUUGUGGCCUACCAGCAAUUGUCGGUCUACAAACAGAAUCGUCUGAUGGGUCGGCCCGAGUGGGAUGGUCCUCAAAAGCAGUGGAUUUCGCCCAGAGCUGAAACCAUUAUAACCUUUGCUCUAUGUGGAUUUGCCAACCUAAGCGCUAUUGGGAUCAUGCUGGGCGGCUUGACUCCGAUGGCACCGCAACGCAAGAGUGAAUUUUCCAGCGUCGUCCUGCGAGCCUUGCUCACCGGAGCCUGCGUCUCCCUCAUCAAUGCAUGCAUUGCAGGAAUCCUUUAUGUGCCCAGAGAAGUGCCCGCCUGUUUAGACUUCUUCAACACCACCACCGCCAUCAACUCUACCAGCUACGCCCUGCAUGAAUGCUGCAAAGAUUUGUUCAGCAGUUCCUUACCUGGUUCCGAUGGAUUCCUAUCCUUUGGUGGCAUUUGGGAGACUCUCCCUGCCGACACAACGCAGGCCUAUCUCUGGAAAUGCUGCGGUCAUUAUAACGCCACCAUAUGUCCCUAG